AUGGAGGACGGUCCGAAGCGGAAAGAGAUGAGAUCAAUGGAGAAGCAAAAGAAGGCGGAGAAAGCGGUGGCUUUACUCUUCUAUCUCUCUACCUUCUCUAAUCUAAUCAGUGAGAAAGGGAAGUGGAAGACGAGCAGACAGAGAGGAGGAGUUGAGGAGAGAGAGUGCCGGGGCAUUUCAUGGACAGCCUUUUUAGCAGUUCUACUGGCUGGAUUCGUACUGUUCGAGUCAGUGACGAAUCGUGAGAUAGCCGGCGAAGAUGAAAACCAUCCUGUCCUCGAGGGCGUCACUGUGAAGGUGAACGCUAAGAUCAUGGAGGUGGAGGGCCCGUGUGGCAAGCUCACCUGUGACUUCAAGCAUCUCAAUCUCGACUUCGAGCUCAUUCAGGGCGGGAAGAAGCUGAAGGUGGACACUUGGUUCGGGUCUCAGAAGACUACGACCGCCAUCCGCACCUCCUUAAGCCACAUCGAGAACCUGGUCACGGGGGUCAUAAAGGGGUACCACUACAAAAUGCGGUUGGUCUAUGCCCACUUUCCCAUCAAUGCUUCCAUCACUCCCAACAAUGGCUGCAUUGAGAUCAGGAACUUCCUUGGGGAGAAAAAGGUUCAUAAAGUUGAUAUGCUUGAAGAGGUUAAAAUUUUCCGAUCUGAGAAGGUCAAGGACAAGCUUGUCCUUGAGGGAAACGAUGUUGAACUCGUCUCUCGCUCCGUAGCCUUGAUCAACUAGAA